CUUCUAACUAUCUACAAUACCUCAUUCAACAAUUACGCAACGGACGAUCUACCGCGCACAAUGAAAAAAGGAAUGCAACUCCAGGGAGUCGUCGGGAUACCCGACGCGGUCUACAGAGGAGAGCAAUGGUCCUGCACUGAUUCAGACUCGGCAGUACAAGAAGCAGUCAUCCACAAAGUCCCCAAGAUACAACAACCAAAAAUUGCCCUCUCUACCCUCCUCGCUGAAGCCAGUGGAACAGACACAACACCGACCACGACCACUCCCACACCAACCGCUCGUCCCCAAACUCCAAAACCCCAAACAGAACUCUACGACCCUACAAACCCUCAUCUCGCCAUCCCACCAACCAGUCUCUCCACCCUCCUUUCCCGUAUCGAAAGCUCACAGCGUAUCCGCCACGAGCGCGACCAAACCCGUCGAUACAUCCACAAUCCCUUCCUCCUGGAGCACCUUCUCAGCAACGCACCGUCAGUGCACCACCUCUGCCGCCGCUGCCGCCCCCGCCGUAAAUGCACCCUCCACCGCCAUGGCGAAACCUUCCGCCAGCAAACCAGCAUCAGUCUCUGUCGCCACGCGCGCAUGGUACUCACGUGGGCCAUUGAUGACCCUUGCAACGAUAAGGGGACGUGGGAUCUCCAGAUCCGGCACUACUUCGACCUCGCCAACGACGACUACCAUUACGAUCCUCGCGCCGAAACUCGCGAGAGGGAAGUUCAUGCUUCCAAGUGUAGUGUCUUGAAUCCAGAGUUCCGCGUCGCCCUGCUUGCAGAGCGUGUAGUUGAGGACUUCAAGAGGGAGAGGAAGGCGCUCAGGGGUAGUGAGCGGAGAGUCGCGAAGGAGAUCCACGGCCUGCUUGGAGCGGCGUUGCGGGCGCAGAGAGAGAAAGAAGAGGUCGAGAAGGCGGGGGAGAGGCUUGCGGAGACUCUGAGAGGGAUCGCCGCUGCUACGAGAGUGAAGGAUGGGUUCGAGGACGCCGUCGUGAGGAGUAUCGAGGCGCCUGGUGCGAUACCACUACCCCUGCCCCUGCCAUCGCCUCCGGCUUCUUCUGAGGACAGAGAAAAAGGAGAGAUUGAGGAAGUGGACAAGACAGAAGACCGAGUGACUGAGAAACAGCCCAAUCACACUCCAACUUCUUCCCCUUCUCCAUCGCAGAGUACACCAUCACUGCCCUCAGCUGCCCAACCCACCGUCUCCACCACCUUUACCACUAACAGCACUGCCACUACUGCCACUAUCGGUACUACUCCCCCGUACAACCCCCCAUCCUCUCCCCUCUACAAACGCAAACGGUCUCGCACCGCUUCGAUAGCCUCGCCAACCACCAAAGAACAAGAACAGGAACAAGAGAGAGAAGUCUCUACACCACCUAGAAAGAAAGCGAAGAAAUCCGUGACCUGGGCGCCCGAGAUUGACACUUCGGUGGGCGUGACGCGGGUUCGGAUGUUGUCGCCUCAGUUGGGGGAUGAAGAGGAGGUGUUUAGUCCUGUGGUUUGCGAUGAUGAUGAGAAGGAGAAGGAGGAGAGUGGAAGUGAGGCCGAUUUGGAGGCACUUUUCGAAGAGACGGUCGAGGAGGAACAAGAAGCAGACAUCCAGAAUGUGGAGGAGCAGGAGAGCGGAGAAGUCGAGGGUGAAAACGACAACACAGGUGGAGAACAGGAGAAGGAAGUGGAAGAUGAAGUCGAUUAUGGAGACGACUGA